UACCUAUCAAUCAGGAAUGACUUUUCGUGUUUCGUAUAUAAAUAUGUUUCGGAAGAUUAUAGAGCUAAAUCGACUGCCCGGGCUGACGCAAUGGAGACGGUCAUUUGUUGCAGGCAAGAAUGUUCCUCCAAAGUCAUGCCUGACGAAUGAGAAGACGACCUUCGGGCCGCUGCACGAUUGCGACCGCGUCUUUCAGAACCUCUACGGACGCCACGAUUGGCGCCUCAAAGGCGCCUGCAAACGAGGGGACUGGUACCACACCGCUGUGCUGCUGGAGAAGGGGUCCGACUGGAUAAUGGAGCAGGUGUGCCAGAGCGGGCUUCGCGGACGAGGAGGCGGCGGCUUCUUCUGCGGGAACAAGUGGAACUUCCUUCGCUCUGCCGAGUCCAAGGAGGACAAGGUCCUCGUCAUGAACUGCGCCGAGGGCGAGCCGGGGACGUGCAAGGACCGCGAGAUCAUUCGCCAUGAGCCGCACAAGAUAAUUGAGGGCUGCCUGCUGGCCGGCUUUGCUAUGGGCUGUAAUCGGGCCAUCAUCUACGUGAGGAACCGCUUCUACAAUGAGGCGUGCAAUCUGCAGUUCGCCCUGGCCGAGGCGUACCGCUACGGACUGCUCGGCCCCAGCGCCUGCAACACGGGCAUCAAGUUCGACAUCCUGGUCCAGCGAGGGGAUCGCUACCUCUGCGGCGAGGAGACGGCGCUGGUUAAGUGCCUGAUGGGCAAGAUCGGGAGGCCGCGCAGGCGACCGCCCUUUCUCACCGAGCAGGGAUACUUCUCGCAUCCCUGCGUGGUGAUCAAUGCGGAGUCCAUUGCAGUGCUGCCCACAAUCCUGCGCCGAGGAGCCUCGUGGUGGGCCGACCUGGGGCGCUCCUACAACUCGGGCACCAAGCUCUUCAACAUAAGCGGACAGGUGAACAGUCCCUGCACCGUCGAGGAGGAGAUGUCGAUGCCGAUGCGCGAUCUCAUCGAAAAGCACGCGGGAGGAGUGCGCGGCGGCUGGGACAAUCUCCUGGCCAUCUUCCCCGGCGGCCUCUCCACCCCUCUGAUCAACAAGCAGGUUGCCGGGGAGGUGCUGAUGGACUUCGAGUGCCUGGAGGCGGCCGGCAGCAGUCUCGGCUCUGGCGCUCUGAUCGUCGUAAACAAGCAGAGCGACCCCCUCCAGGUCAUGCUCCGCUCCAUCCAGUUCUACGAGAAGCACACGUGCAAGCAGUGCACCUAUUGCCGUGACGGAGCCAUCUGGCUGCCCGAGUUGUUCGACCGCUUUGUCAAGGGCGAGGCCCACCCACAGGAGAUCGACUGGACUCUGGCCAUAGGGAAGAAGAUUAAGGACAGCAAUCCGAUCUGCGGCUUAGCCCAGGGACAGGUCAACAUAGCCGUCAGUCUGGUCGACAAUUUCAGACCGUACAUCGAAGAUCGCAUUCUCCAGUUCAUCAAGGAUUGACGUACCUACCAACCACAUACUUAUAUAUUUUUUAGCUCUGAAUGCCCAAGUUCUAAAUCGAAACCCACUGUUCGGGUUAAAUUGGUUUCCAUAGCCGUUAUUAUAUGAUUAUAUGUGUACGAGUAGUCCGUGGAAAGUA